CUCACAAACCCUUUUCAUUCUUCACUCGCUCGCUGUCUUCUCACCUCUCUCACAGCUUCUCCGCGCUCUGAUACUGGAUCGCAAUUUCUAGGGUUAGGGUUUCCCAAUUUCUUCCUCGAUCGUAGAGAAUGAGUUCCACCGGCGGCAACAACACCAAGGGCGGCAGAGGCAAGCCCAAGGCCGCCAAAUCGGUUUCCAGGUCUCAGAAGGCUGGUCUCCAAUUCCCCGUUGGAAGAAUCGCGAGGUUCCUCAAGGCUGGAAAGUAUGCUGAGCGUGUUGGUGCUGGUGCUCCUGUGUAUCUCUCUGCUGUGCUUGAGUAUCUCGCCGCUGAGGUUUUGGAAUUGGCUGGGAACGCUGCUAGGGACAACAAGAAGAAUCGUAUUGUUCCAAGGCACAUUCAACUUGCUGUGAGGAACGAUGAGGAGUUGAGCAAGCUGUUGGGAUCUGUCACCAUUGCUAAUGGAGGUGUGCUGCCGAAUAUUCACCAGACUCUGCUUCCUAAGAAGGCUGGAAAGGGGAAAGGCGAAAUUGGAUCUGCUUCUCAGGAAUUUUAGGGGUUUUGAUGUCUCCUCUGUUGAUUAGACCAUAGUUUUAUUUUGCUGCAGUUGUAAUAUACAUCGAUGUUUGAUUUCUAUAUUGCUGCCCAGAGAGAUUUGUUGUUUAUCAGUGGGCAGAAUUGGAUGGCGUAGAACCCUCUUUAUAAUGUUGGAUGAAUGAUAAAUGCUUUUGCCUGAA